AGCUGACAUGUAAGGCGGAGCUGUGGGUCCUGAGCGCUCUCUUUCCGCCAGACCCGCCAUCUUGCAAGCGAGCAGGGUAAACAGGCAAAAUGACGAACACCAGGGGUAAGAGGAGGGGGACGAGGUACAUGUUCUCCAGGCCCUUCCGCAAGCAUGGGCCCGUUCCACUGUCCACUUACAUGCGCAUCUACAAGAAAGGAGAUAUUGUUGAUAUUAAGGGUAUGGGAACUAUUCAAAAGGGCAUGCCCCACAAGUGCUACCAUGGCAAGACUGGUAGGAUUUACAACGUCACCCAGCAUGCUGUAGGCAUCAUUGUCAACAAGCAGAUUAAAGGCAAGAUCCUUGCCAAGAGAAUCAAUGUGCGUAUCGAGCACAUCAAGCACUCGAAGAGCAGAGACAGCUUCCUGCAGCGCGUGAAGGCCAACGAGAAGAAGAAGAUCGAGGCGAAGAACAACGGCACCUGGGUUGACCUGAAACGCCAGCCUGCAGCUCCAAGAGAGGCUCACUUCGUCAGCACCAAGGGCAAUGUCCCUCAGCUUCUGGAGCCCAUCCCAUACGAGUUCAUGGCGUAAAGCACUGUCAGACCAGAAUAAAGUCCUGUUUUCAACAAA